AAGAGAAGGUGCAGAUUAGUGUACUAAGUUAUUGCUUUUACCGAAUAAAAUUAUUAAUAACCAUAAUAAUAAGUGAAAACACGGUUCUUCAAUAUGCACUCUCUCUGGAUAAAAUGAUCGAAUCAACGUUUCACCGUUCUAUCAUUCAGUCGACAAACGAGACUCGAUAGUUAAUAAAAUGAAAUGAAUUUUGCUUGGUACUGUUCUAAUCAUUAGACACUAGACAGUAAUCUAACCUACAAUUAUUUAUUUAAAACGUUAACUCUGAAUAACGAUAGCUGGACCAUUUAAUGUAUUACAAUUUUUGUUGAUCAAUUUUAUAAUAGACAUCGAAUCAGUUUAUCUUAAAUCACCUUGAUUUUUAUUGGCAAGUGUACUGGCUGGAUGGAUUGACAUUAAUUUGGAUUACAUAAAAUAACUAAACUUUUAUCUAAACGACAUUUGAGCAGCGUAGUAAUUACGAUUACUUUAGUCAAUCUGAAAUGGUAUUUCUGCAGGAUGGAGUUGGCAAUCACAGAACUUGAAGAAAGUUUCAAGAAUAGUAUUAACCGGGUGAAUGAUACAGAGUGGAAAAUAGAACAGUUACAGCAAUUUAAGAACAGUAAUUGUGACUCAGUAGUUAAACUAUUUGGAAAAGUUGCUGGUUUAGAAGAAUCGAACAAGAAACUCACGGAAGAAUACUCUAUUGUUAACUGUGACUUUGAAGAAAAUAGAAUCAAUUUCAGAAACUCAUUUCGAAACUUGGAAGCCCAAAUAAGCACACUAAAGAGAAAUGUUGAGAAUUUGAAAUCCAAUUCAAAUACAGAAUAAAGUUAACCUGUUCAAUGGAUGCUUCACAACUAUUGAUGCGAAUGAAACAUUUUGUGAGGGGCACUGAGAAACCAUCGACUAGUUCAGUUGUAAACAAUGAAUUUAAUCAAGCUCACAGAACAGCAUUUGUGUCUGGAUCCCACGUGAAACAGUUUUAUGAGAGUACGGUUGGCAAAGAAGCAUUUCAAACAAAUCAAAAGAAAUGUACAAAAGAGUAAAAAUGGAAAAUCCAAAUUUAAGUCUGAAACAACUCCAUGCGAUUGAGCAGCAGGGUGAGUCAAUUUUGAGAGAUCGGGCAGAAAUAAUUGCUUUAGACCGGCGACGCAAUGGUAACCGUGAAGCUUUGAGAACUUUAACCCGUGAAAAAGGAACAAAAACUUGGUUUGCACUUGGGCCGAUGUUGGUGAAGAUGCCUGUGUCUACUGCUACUUCCCUUUUAAAAGCAGACCAAGUGACAAUCAACAGUGAAAUUAACAAGAUCCGGAGUGAUCUGAAAAUAAAAGUGAACAAAUUACGGGAUCUGGAGUUCGAAUCGCCACUCCCUGGUUUGGAUUUAAAACCGAUGACUCGGGAAGAGAUGGCGGCAGUCAAUCAGGUGUUGGGAGGUCAUGCUGAGUGAAAGUUAACAAAUUAUGGGAUCUGGAGUUCAAGUCACCACUCCCUGGUUUGGACAUAAAAACCGAUGACUCGGUAAGAGAUGGCGGCAGUCAAUCAGGUGUUGCAAAUCAUGCUGAGUGAUUGAGUGAAAGUGAACAAAUGACGGGAUCUGGAGUUUGAAUUCCCACUCUCUUAUUUGGACUUAAAAACCGAUGACUCGUAAAGAGAUGGCGGCAAGUCAGGUUGUGGGAGGUCAUGCUGAAUGACUGACUGAGUGAAAACUAAAAUGGAAAUCUCAUUUUUAUUGUGACUAAUUUAGUGGUGCCUUAUAAAUCUAAUGUAUAAAGAUGUUUUAAAUUUAAAAUAUUAAGAAAUUGUUAUAUUCUCUUUUGUAACAUCAUUAACAAAAUCGAUUAUGACUGCCAAUCAUUAAUGAAACAUUGUUUUUCAAUCAAAUUUAUGUAUUUAAAAAGUAAACAAACAAACAAAAAACAGUGCUUUUUAUAUUUUCUCCUUCACACUAUAAUGUGCAUAUAUAAAUCCAAAAUUUAAAUGUCUUAAUCACAGUGGUGUAAAACAAUUAGUAAUUACUGCAGAAGAUAUUAAAAUUUUGUUAGACUAAUUUUAUUGUGAUUCCAAUUAAUUAAAGUAUAACGUACUGAUAUGACAAACAACAACAAACGCAAGUAAUUGUACCAGCCGCAAGGUUGUGAGAGGGUAAAAAUCGACCAAUACCUCCAAGUAUCGUGAUAAAAGGAAUUUCUAUUUUGUAAGUGUGAAACUUCAUUACUAAAAAGAACAAUUCUUUAAAAAAUAUGGUUUUUUGUUACAACUCAAAAAUAUUUUUUUACACAUAUAGAAAAUUUACCUAGCAACUGCACAGUGUGUUUCUCAUACCUAAUUGUUUUUCUUAUGAUGAAUAAAAACUGCUUCGAUACUUUUUUUUACAAUGACACUAACAUAUUAGUAUUUUGAUCGUAGAAUAUUUUGUAUGACUUUUCAUCUUAUUUGUAAUAACAAAAUAUCUGUAUUUUUA